AUGAAGUUUGACACACUGAUUCUCUUGCUGAGUAUGUCCAGGAGCAGAUGCAAAUCAAGUAUGAGACAGCUAGAGAGGACACCCUCUUCGGACAGUAUCUCUGAGCACAAGACAUGGUGGAUUGGUGAAGGGGCUCAGAGAGCCUUAAAACCCAGCAUUCCUGCUGCCUCAGAGCCUAACCCAUGGGCAGUACCCCCCAAAGGACUGACUCAAUCACUGAUACCAAUGAUAUUCCAGCCUGAGAAGAAGACUUAUAAAGUCAGGGUGGAGACCUCAGAGAAGCAGCAAGACAUGAUGCUGAGAAGCAGCAGUGAAGAAGAGAAGAGUCUUCUCCUCAUCCUAGAUCUAGCAAUGCUGGAUCCAGCACCCAGCAGCAGCAACAGUCAGGCCAAUCUGGACAUCUACAACCUAUGCAACAGUUUCCUUCUUAAAGGGGAUGAGGGUGAGAUGGACAAUGAGGAUGAGGAAGGGCCUAACAAUGAGGGGAAAGAGGACCCUCUCUCUGAGUGA